UCAAUACUUUCUCGUCAUCUAUUCACAAGUAUAAACGUCAAAUAGCCAAUCGUCUCAGCUGAGCUCACAGAGUACAUUGUAUUGUAUGGCAAAGCUAUAGGUGACUGACUGCUUGACGUUGUGGCUUGCUUCGUUGUUCUGUCUAGUUUAAUAUCUCAAAAAUUAAAUUCAUAGGGAUAGGUACAUCAAUAUUUAAUUUCAAUAAUUGAAAAAUAGUUUUCCAUCAUGAGUGAACUCAGUCAAGAAGAGAUACGAAGACGUAGAUUGGUGCGACUAGCAGCUCUUGGAGGUACUGGAUCGUCUCCAGCCCCCACGAGCCCGCCAGUUACUCCUGGUGCUUCAGUACCAAACGAUAUUCUAAGUCCAGUGUCCACUCCCAGAUUGUCGCCAGCUCCAACACAAACACCACGCAGCUCCAAUGAAAUUUCGGAAAACACAAACAAAGAACAGAAUUUUUCUGAAACGAAAAAUGAGGUGGCAGAUCAAGGAAAAAUUUCAGCUGAUGGUUUAAUUGUCACAGAAAAAACAGACAACAACUUGAUGGAUGAAAUGCCAGACACAAAAAUGACAGAUCUAUCCCAAACUAGGCAAUAUAAUAGUUUCGAUUCGAUGGGUGAGGACACUUUACUGAGUUGUGGUUCUGUUAGAGUUUUACCCCAAUCCACAGUAAGUGGCUCAGAAGGUGCAUCCACAAGAGAAGACAGCACAUCUCGAUCUAUUUCACCCGCACAGUUCGUAGAGCCACCUCCAGUUAGACCAAGAACAAGUACCUCAUCACCCAGUUGCUCACGGCGCUCUCUAUCAAUGGAAGUAGAUGAUGUUUCAGAGAGAAAUUCUCAGUCAGAACAACCGCUAGAACCAAUGGAGGUUGAAGAUGAUCCAACACAAUCUCCCACUCAUAAAUUACAAAGAUCUCGGACAGUUAGUUGUACAGAACUUACAGAAGAACAACUUAGAAAUAUUGUGGCCAAAAUAUUACAAGUUUCCUGGUCAGAUGAUAGUGCAGGUGGAAUUUUUGUACCAACAGUGGCAGCAUCGUUGUUGGACAAUCCGAAAAUAAGUUUAGAAGAAUUAGCUUCCGAAGCUCUAAUGGAUGUCAUCUCCCAAAUAAUAGAUGGUUCAGAUCCCUUAAAUCAGAGGCUUAUUGCAGUUACUGAAACAACUAAAAGACUAAGUGAAGACUGUGGAGAUGAUAUACUCACAACUGGACACCUGGGAUCCGAAAAUGAAUCGGAAAAAACAGACUGUCCAACACCAUCACUGCCUCUUCCGAAAACAAUCCCUCAACAGAGCUUAGCCGUCAGCUACAUUUUAAAAUUCUACUCGAAUAUAAAUUUGUACGAGAGGGAGCACCCCAAAAAAAGUUCGGAACCGCCUCUCAGUGAUCUACUACAAAGUAUAAGAACUUUACUCGUGAACAAUUUAGUGUCAGUACUAAGGGGGAGGUUCGAACUCGAAAAGGGUCGAAAAUCGCCACUUCUACCUUACAUUUUAAUCGGAAACACGCCCAUCGGCCUCAUACCCGAGGUGCUGCUCGCGACAUACCCAGACCGAGUAGCCUUCGAGGAAGUAUUCAUUCCACUGCUGAUGGGCAUUCGCGAGGAGAUGCGGCGCUGCGUGUCGCCGCUGGUGGGGCGAGGGCACGGCGCGGCGCUGCGGGCGCUGCGGUCGCUGUGCGAGCUGCGCGCCGGCCCGCGCCACGCCGCACGCCCCGUGUGCGCGCUGGUGGCGCGCCUGCCCAGCCUGUGCCCCACGCCGCUCACCACCGCACCCGGCCGAGAGAUCGCCAGGGUCAGCUUCCUCGGACCGUUCUUUGCCAUAUCCCUGUUCGCGGAGGAAAACCCUCGGUUUGCGGAGCGCAUGUUUGCGACGGGAACCGAUCAGAGCUUGGCGUUCGCCUUGCAAAGGGAAGUGGAAGCUAGUCGUAAUACGUUACACAGUAUCUGUCACAACGUUCUUCUGUGUCCGGAAGCAAGGGAGCCUUUCCUAAAAUACUUUGCGACGCUACUACAGAGAAAUGAAAGAAGAGCCCAGUUACAGACUGAUGAACGAUCACUUGCUGGCGACGGGUUCAUGUUGAACGUGUGCUCGGUAUUGCAACUGUUGUCGGUGCGCAUCAAACUGGAGCGAGUGUACCCGCUCUACACCUUCCAGCCGGGCACGUGGAUAAACGUGCGCGACGAGACGCGCCUGUACUUCACCGCGCAAGAGGCUCAGGACUGGCUGGACACGCUCAAUAAUGAUCCCAGCCACACGUGGCCAGAGGCAAAAUUCCAGACAGUGUGUUGGUUUCUGACUUUGCAUAUGCAUCACGUGGCGCUCAUCCCCGCCCUGCAUACUCAUCAGCGACGCAUAAGGGCGUUCCGUGACCUGCAGAAGGUAAUCGAGGAGCUGAUUGCGGCCGAGCCGCAGUGGCGCAACAGCUACUCCGCGUUGCGUAACCGAGAGCUGCUGCGACGCUGGCGGCGACAGAUUAAGCGUCUACACAGGUCGAAGCAGUGCGCGGAGACGGCGCUGCUGGACCCGGAGCUGAUGCGGCGCGGCGUGCAGUUCUACGCGUCCGUGUGCGCGCUGCUCGUGCGCCAGCUGCACGCCGCCGCCGCCGAGCCCGCCGCCGCCGCCGCGCUCGCCUUCCGCGCCACGCCCGAGUGGUACGUCGAGGACAUCGCCGAGUUCAUGCUCUUCGCCGUACAAUACGUCCCGCAGAUAGUGGCCUACUACAUAGAGGAUCCGAUAAUUACUUGGCUGCUGACCGCCAUUUGCAACUCUCAUCUCAUUAAGAACCCGUAUCUCGUCGCCAAAAUCGUUGAAGUGCUGUUCGUAAUCAAUCUCUCACUGCCAAUUAAGCUCAAAAACGAUGCCGUUUAUGAGAAGUUUAUGGAUCAUCCGAUGUCCCAAACCGCCUUACCGAGCGCUCUGAUGAAGUUCUACACGGAUAUCGAGACGACCGGUCAGAGUACGGAGUUCUAUGACAAAUUUACGAUAAGAUUCCAUAUUAGCAUAAUUCUCAAGAGUAUGUGGGAAAGACCAAUACAUAAACAGGCUAUUGUCAAAGAAUCUCGAUCAGGUCGACAGUUUGUGAAAUUUAUCAACAUGCUCAUGAAUGACACGACAUUCCUCCUUGACGAAUGUCUUACGUACCUGAAACGCAUCCACGAGGCGCAGGAGGCGGAGGCGCGCGGGUCGGGCGAGGCUCGCGCGCGCGCUCUGGCGCAGGACGAGCGCCAGUGCCGCUCCUACCUGACGCUGGCGCGGGAGACCGUCGACAUGCUGCAGUACCUCACCGUAGAGAUCAAGGAGCCAUUCCUGCGCGCCGAGCUCGUCGAUCGCCUCGCGUCUAUGCUCAACUUCAACCUGCAGCAACUCUGCGGCCCCAAGUGCAACAACCUCAAGGUGCGUCGGCCAGAGAUGUACGGCUGGGAGCCAAGGCGGCUACUGAGUCAGCUCGUGGAUAUUUACCUUCAUCUCGAUGCACCACAGUUCCACGCUGCGCUCGCUGCUGACGAGCGAUCAUUCCGUAAGGAGUUAUUCGAGGAAGCGGCAUUGCGACUAGCAAAGUCGUGCAUCAAGACUCCCUCUGAAAUAGAACGAUUCAAAACACUCGCAGACAACGCAUACCAAAUUGCUGUAUCAAAUCAGCAAAAGAGUGACGAAUUUGCGGAUGCCCCAGAAGAGUUCCGAGAUCCACUUAUGGAUACACUGAUGACAGACCCCGUAUUCUUGCCAUCAGGAAAGGUUAUGGAUCGAUCAGUAAUACUGCGACACCUGUUAAAUAGCGCUACAGAUCCUUUCAACAGACAACCUCUCACUGAGGAUCAAUUGCGUCCAGCGACAGAAUUAAAGGAAAGAAUAAUUCAAUGGCAACGCGAAAAGAAAACAUCAACAUCAUAAUUGUGUAACUACAACUAAGUCUGAUGUAUAUAAUAUAUAACAUAUAUAAAGACUAAUGCUGGAUUAUCUAGCGAUUCGCGGACUAUUGUUCACUUGAAUGCAUGAGAGAUUAGCAUGUGACUAGAAUGAGAUAUUUAGUACAUGAACUAAUUCUAAAUUGUUCAUUCAAUUACUAUGUAAGAUAUUAUAUUAUCUAAAAAUUUUAACCUUGAAAUAAAUCAAUGGUUCAUUUUCGUCUAGUAAAUGUAUUGAAUAAUUAAAUUUAAAGUUUUGCCAUGAUUGAUGGGAUAAAUUAAAUAUACUUGUACAGUUAUUGAUAUUUUUAAUUCUUUUGCAAAUUAGCAUUUCUUUUUAAUAAAAACUUCAAAUUCGAAAACAAAGUUUGAUUUUUUUUAGCAAAAACUUUACUUUGUUACCUUAAAUUUAAAAGAGAGGCCUAAAUAUGUAUACCAUUAACAAGGACAAUCAGUUGAAAUCAAAAAAUUACUAAGUCAAAGGCUGCCUUCCAAAAUUAUAAGUGAAAUGUAAAAAAAAACAUACAUAUUGUUAAAAGCUUUUCGUUUUAUAAAAAAUAUUUGUAUUUUCUCACUCUAUUUAUGUUCAUUAGUAGAACUAAUGGUAUAAAUGUAAUUAAAUAAUAAUUAUAUAUCACAAGUAGAUACUAUAUGGAAUGUUAAAGACUUUAUUUUCGUGCAAAGUGAAAUUAAUUAAAUUAUUUUAUGGAUUUAGUAACUAAUUGCACAUAGUGAUUUAAUUUAGUGUAUGAUUAGCUAUUUCAUUUUUAUAUCAUUUCUCAUUGUCAAUGUGAUUUGUUCCUUUUAUAAUAGUUAACAAUAAAAUAUUAUCACUAUAGAAUCAUUAGAUAAUAGAAAUCAAUAAUCAUUGUAUUUCUAUAACAGCGACAAAAAAAUAAUAUUAUAAGUACCUUUUAUGGUAAAGAGCAAACAUAAAAAUAUGUUAAUGUCAAAAUAUCUGAAAGCAACUCUGAAUGCUCAUAGAUUAGUUUAUCUAUUAUUAUAACAAGUUAUAGAAAUUUUUAUCCAGUCACUGCCAAGUUUAUCUAUUUAGUAAUAUAGAUCAGGCAUUCCUAAAUUAUACUUCUUUAAAAUUUCAUGGUCUCAUUGUAUUAUAAUUUGACUCUUGUAUUUAUCUUAUACAUAAUGAAGAUUGUAUUAAACUCAAUGUUAAUGUCAAUAAAAUACAUUAAACAUUCA